AUGGCCGAUAAACGUCUUGCUGAAAUUAUCUCUACUGGUCAAUAUGCUACUCUUCUUUAUGAGUGCGAAACCUAUGAAGUUGAACACUUGUCUGUUCAAAAGCAAUCGCCAUCAUCAUUUUACUAUGCUUGCUUCCUCUUAGGCUACAUGAUCAACAAUGAUUUGAAUAAUUGUAGAUUUUUAUGGAAGAGAAUGCCAACGGACGUGAAAAAGAAUGAUGACGUGAAAGGCAUUUGGGAAGUUGCCAAGCACUUGUGGAAUAGAAAUUAUGAAGGAGUCUAUCAAAGCGUUGCUGCGUUAAAUCCAUCAUCAGUCCAUUUGAAAGAAAUCAUUCAAUACUUUGUUAGACAAUUACGUCAAAGAACGUUGCAAUUGAUUUCUAAUGCUUAUGCCAAUAUUAAUACAAACGAUUUGAUGAAGUGCUUGGGUGUUCCUGAUGUCAAUGCCCUCAAUGAGCUCGUGACUCCAUUGAAUUGGAAAUUUGAUGCCACUAACAAUUUGUACAUUCCUGAAGUUGUUUCUGUGAAACCUCCUGAAAUGCCAACAGGAUUGGAAGCCAUCAAGGGCCACACUCAAAGAUCUGUCUUUUUGGAAUUGGAAUAA